AUGAAAUUUUCUGUUUUAGUAUUACUUGCCAGUUAUUUAGUUGGUGUGAGUUCUCUGAUUGUUGAUACAUCAGAGGAAUUAAUUUGUCCAGAUCCUGAAAACCCUUUAGAUUGUUAUCCUAAAUUGUUUGUUCCAACGAACGAGUGGCAAACCAUUAAGCGAGGACAAGAUAUACCACUGGGGUUGCACGUUAGGUUGAAUAUAGAUACAUUAGAGAAAGAGGCCAAGCUAAUGAGUACCGACGGAAAAGACGAACCAGUUCAAGAAGUGGUUGUUGGUGGGGAAUUACAAGAUCAUUCGAAAGAAGCCAUCAGUGAGAAUUUACAAAAACUACAUGAACGGAAACAUCCACAAGUAAAACAGGAGCACGCUCUUCGUACAAAGGUUAGCAAGGGAGAUUUAAGUAACUUUGACGCAGCUUGUCUGGAAGUUGAAAAUUUCAAGCCACAUGAGAGUGACUUGGAAAGAUUGCAUUUGGCACUAGAUACUUUAGAAGAACUAAGUCAUGACAUCGAAUUUGGUGUCAAAUUGACUUCAGACAAGACCACAUUUCAGAGUCUUCUCAACAUUGCCAAUAGUGUUUCUGAUCCGAAAGUAACUGAAAAGGUGUAUCGUGUAAUGGGGUCUAGUUUGAGAAAUAACCCUGAAGCAAUUAGCAACAUCUUGACUAAUUUUGACAAGAGUUAUGUGGAUAAUUUGUUUGAACACUUGCCGAAUGAAGAUGAUGUACUUCAAAAGAGAAUUUUGGGUAUAAUACAAGCUUUAGUGCAAAAUAGCCAUUUUGCAAGACAGUAUUUUUCGUUUGAUCACAGCUCUGGUUUAAAUGAUUUAAUAGCUAUUUUUCCCAAACUCGGGUCCAGCUCCAAGGCAAGGGCAAGCAAUAUUUUGGAGGAUUUGCAAUUGUUCCCUGCCACAAACGAUAGAAGGUCAAUUGAAGAUCAAGAUCCUGAAUCUCAAGUUUCAAAAUUCAUUCAAAACUCGUUUGUUGGAAAUAAACUCGACGAGAAAAACUUUAAACCUUAUUUUGAUCAACUAGUGAGUUUGCAUGAGCUGAAUAAGAGCUUGCGACCAAGUGGCGACUUUCUCAGUUGGUUGGCUGAAGAAGCUGAGUCACGUAAAGAGAACAAAAAAAGAAACGACUAUUCCCAAGAAGACCAAGAGUUUGAUGAGUACAUGUUGCGAGCACGUCAUGAAGUAUUUGGCAAUCCAAUGGGAUUAAGAAAGGCAAUUGCUGACGAGUUGUAG